AUGGCAUCGCCUCUGCCUCCAGUCGAUAUUGAACAGCAGAACAUUAUCGAUAAAUUGGCUGAAUUUGUGGCCAGAAAUGGGCCAGAAUUCGAAGCACUAACAAGUGAAAAACAGAGGGACAACCCAAAGUUCGCAUUUCUUCGAGGUGGCCAGUUCCAUGAAUAUUAUAUGUUUAGAGUUAACGAAGCUCGUAAAAUUUGGCAGCAGCAGUAUUCAACGAAAAAUAAAUCGCAUCAGAUUCUCGAUUCCAGAUCCAACUGGGUCAAUAUGAAUGAACAAUGGGAUCAGUAUGGUGGAAAUCCAGAUCAUUGGCAGCGUUAUAGUUCCGCACCACCAGGGCAUUGCGGAUGGGGUGGUCCAGAUCCAUCAUGGUAUCCAAAGCCACAAUGGCCACAUUUUCAACAGGGUGUACGAAUGCAUAGCGGUCAACCUGAAUAUCCAUACCAUCCUCCUUCGGAAGCGGUAGAUUCUUAUCGUCAUGGAAAUUAUAAUAAUCAUCCUCCAUAUGGUUACCCUGGACACCAUGGAGCAUUCCCGAUUCAGCAGUUUUCGUUUGGACCUGAGACUUAUCGUGCACCGAGACCUCAUUAUGAUUACCAAGUUCCUGGUGGUUCUGAACUAGGAGAAGCUGAUAUCGAACAAAGUGAGAAAAAUUUGGCUGCUCAGCAUGAGUCGUUGCUUGCUCGUCAAAACGUUGAAAUUCUCGAGCUCUUAGACAAAAAGAGAGAGGAAAAUGUUAGGAAAACUGGAGAGCAAUUGAACAUGUCUUGGGAACAGAUGAAUGAAACGAUCCAACCACUGAUUGAAGCCUGUACAAAAGAAAAUAUAUCUAAAGGAAAAUCUUGGGUUGUUGACAAAAUGUCUGAGUCACCUGAGCUAACUAAGCUAAUGUCUGAUUAUCUAAUAACACGUGCAAGUGCUAUUAGUGUUACAUUCGACUUAAGGCUCCACUUGGUAUACUUGUUAAACGACCUACUUCAUCAUUCUAAACGUCGUGGUGCUCCUGUUCAUCUGCAAGAAGCUUUACAUGAAACAGUGCCGGUAAUUUUCUGCCUAGCGACUGAGAUUGCAGAUGAUGAACAAAGAGCCAAAAUUAAUCGUGUUUUAAGCUUGUGGGAAACCAACUCUUAUUUGCCAGUCGAAGUUUUGGUAAAGAUGAGACCUCCAGAAUCAGGUAAAUUCUUAGCGGAAUGGAAAGAAAGUCAGUCAAAGCCGUUUGAAAGUGAAAUAGACAAAAUAAAAGCAAACAUUAUGAAUCAAUACACUAGUCUUGAGAGACAACAUCAAGAGUUUGCAGAUCAUGUACUACGACAGUUAGCUUCGUCACAUUCCGAUAAGUCUGAUGAAGCAUCUAUCUCUGAUAGUCAUCAUUCUCAAUAUGGAUCAUCUCAUCAUCCUAUGCAGAAUGUUGAUCCAAACUUUACGUACUGGGGUCCACCACCACAGACUACUGGAGGAUUCGAUAUGCUUCCACAGGAUAUGAUGAGCGGGUCAGAUCCAAGAGAUAUGCAACGUCGAAUGCCUGGUUAUCCCCCACCUUCACAAAUGUCAGGGUAUACAGGACCUGGUGGUGGUGGGGCAAGUUAUCCUCCUCAAAUGGGUUGGCCACCUGGGCAGCAUGAUUCUGCAAAAUGGAAUCAAUCUGUACCUAACUACAACUCUCAACCUGGACACAAAAAUUUUGGUGGUCAUGAGUUAAGCAGCAAUGUAUAUAUUGAAGGUGAAGAACCAGAAGAUGAACAAUCUAUGUAUCCUAAUUCGUCUUAUGAAUGCGGAUCUUAUGGAGGUUAUUAUAAUCAUAACAAUAACGAUUAUCGACAGUAUGAAGACUCUUCUCAUGGUGUUCGAAAUACACGAGACAAUCAAAAUAAUCGUGAUGAGAAACCUCGAACAUUUCGCGGUAGUCGUCCUUCACGAUUUUCCUCUGCUCCAUCUCAUCCUGAGACAGAAAAUUCUAUGAUACCGGUUGUUGAAUCUUAUGACAUAAAUCAAAAAUUCCCCGCUUGGCAAUUACCUGCAGGAUUAGUACAUCCAUUAAUUCGAUUAAAAGAUUUUGAUUUUACUCCAUUGAAUGAAAACAAUUUGCAAUUAUUACCUCCAACAACACCGUCUGAACAUAAACCACGUGACGGCGAAGGUUGGGAACAUAUGGCUCUUCAUGAAUUUUAUACGAAAAAAGAACGCGCUCGUCCUUCUGAGCAUAAAGAAAACGAUAGAGACAACACAUCUACCAGUAAAGCAAAGUCAAAUCGACGCCGUCAACAUAGUGGAGGUAGUUAUGCAAGUAGUCAUUCAGAAUAUGAUUUCACAAAUGAAUUAGUUCCAGACCUUCAACAUGACAUAGUGGUUGACGUUGAAAAGCCGUUUUCACGUGACAAUUCAGAUAAGGAAGGUCUCCUUGGACCAUCACAAUUAGCAUAUAUAACAUCUUAUCCCAAACUUGCAAUAGGUCAACCUCUCAGAACUGGCCUUGAAGCACUGACCUUGGCCCCUCCUCCUAUGCAGUGUAUGCAAGGACAGCUAACACAUAAUUAUAGUGCUUAUAAAACAGCUGGUAUUCAACCGGGUAUUCCCAUACCUGUCCCUCCGUUACCAGGUUUACUAGGUGCCAUUCCACCUGGACCAAGUGGAUUCCCUAAUACAAGCUUUCUACAAUUUCCUCCUCCGGUCAAUCAGCCACCACCAACCCUUCCACUGCCUCAAGGUUUGAUUCAAAGGCCCCCACCAGGAUUUUCUGUUGACCGUUUUGAAUCUCGUGGGUCUCGAUCUCGUUCUAGAUCUGAUUCACGUUCGAAGUCUCAUUCUCAUUCUGCGGAUUCACGUUCUCGUGACUUUCGUUCUCGUUCACGAUCACAAUCUAGAUCUCAUAGUUCUCAAAGUAGAUCUCAGUCACGCUCUGAUUCUCGUGAUUCUCGUUCCAAAUCUGUAUCACCUAAUAAUGAUGAUGAAACUGGUAGCAACCAGUCACGUGGCCUUUCAAGAGAUCGAAGACGUAACAGAUCACGUUCACGAAGCUCAGGUUCACCGUUUGCUCGAUUCACUUCAGCUCCUGGACCUGGUGGUUUAGGAGCAGCCGGUGGAGGCGGUAGCGGUGGGAAUAUAAAUGCUGCUCGUGCUGCUGCAAUAGCAGCUGCGGUUUCCAUAGCUAAUUCAAUCAACGCACAAUCUGGCUGGUCCAAUAACAAUGUUAGUAAUAGUAACAAUACUAAUAAUAAUAUACCCACUAACGCAUUUAACAACCAAGGCUUUAGCGGGCCUGGUCUUUUACCAGGUGGUCCGUACGCAGACACCAAUAGAAUAACCUACUAUGGCGGCGGAUUUCAACCUAACCAGGGACAACACAAUCGUGGUGGUGGUGUUGGCGGCGGCGGUUCACGUGGUGGUUACAAUUCCAAUAAUUUACCAGGGCGAGGAGGCGGUAAUGUGCGAUACCAUGGGUCGGACGAUCGCUUUUAUCCACCUCCACGCGAUCACCAACGUCGAUAA